GGGAGCUGGCAGGGGCUGGGGCAGGCAAGCAGGGACUGCUGUAGGGUAAAGGAAGGGGUUGGGAUAGGGGCAGGGGCAGCACCAGGAGCCCAAGCCCAACCAGGGGCAGGGCGCGGGGGGGCCGGGUAGGGCUGCGGGGCGGGGGGGGAGCCGUGCAGGACGCACCGUCUCGGCUCCGGCUGCCGCCUCCCUCGGAGCUCGCCCCGCCGCGCCCUCCCGGCCCCCAACUCCGCCGCUUCUCUCCUCCUGCCCGAUCCUUCCCCGCUCUGCACAGCCCCUCCGUCCGUCCGUCCGGGGGCAGGGCAAGAGCCACCUGGCUGGCUGCACCGUCACCUUCCCAACGCUGCCAGAUGUGCCUCCCAGUCGCGCUGUGCAGGGGACCAGCCCCAGGGAUCCUUCCCUGCUGCCUCCACUUCUGAUCCCCAGCCCUCUGCCCCACGGCCUCCCUGACCUCCCUUGGCUGCUCCUCCAACGGCUUGUGCUGUGAACCCCCAGUUUCUGCCCCAUGCUCAGCAUGCCCUCUUCUGGUGCAACUGGACCCUCUGAGGAAUUGCUCUGGAGCUCAAGGCCAGCCUGCAGGGAAAUGGAGUCGAAGGUCUCCGAAGGUGGCCUGAACGUCACUCUCACCAUCCGGCUGCUGAUGCAUGGCAAGGAAGUCGGAAGCAUCAUUGGAAAGAAAGGAGAGACCGUGAAGAAGAUGCGUGAGGAGAGUGGGGCAAGGAUCAACAUCUCGGAGGGGAACUGCCCUGAGCGGAUCGUGACCAUCACCGGCCCCACUGAUGCCAUCUUCAAGGCUUUUGCCAUGAUUGCCUACAAAUUUGAGGAGGACAUAACCAACUCAAUGAGCAACAGCACUGCUACCAGCAAACCACCGGUGACACUGAGACUCGUUGUGCCAGCUAGUCAGUGCGGCUCGCUGAUCGGCAAAGGAGGCUCCAAGAUCAAGGAAAUCAGGGAGUCAACAGGUGCUCAGGUUCAAGUGGCGGGGGACAUGCUGCCCAACUCCACGGAGCGGGCGGUGACAAUCUCGGGGACACCCGACGCAAUUAUCCAGUGUGUCAAACAGAUCUGUGUGGUGAUGCUGGAGUCCCCACCAAAAGGUGCCACCAUUCCCUACCGCCCAAAGCCCGCCUCCACCCCUGUCAUUUUUGCAGGUGGUCAGGCCUAUACAAUUCAGGGACAAUAUGCUAUUCCACACCCGGAUUUGACCAAGCUCCACCAGUUGGCUAUGCAGCAAACCCCCUUUACUCCCCUCGGACAGACCACCCCCGCUUUCCCUGGAGAAAAGCUGCCCUUACAUUCCUCCGAAGAAGCUCAAAAUCUGAUGGGCCAAUCAUCAGGUUUGGAUGCCAGUCCCCCGGCCAGUACUCAUGAACUCACCAUUCCCAAUGAUCUAAUAGGCUGCAUAAUCGGACGCCAAGGGACCAAAAUCAAUGAAAUUCGGCAGAUGUCGGGAGCGCAGAUCAAAAUCGCUAAUGCCACGGAAGGGUCAUCGGAGCGCCAAAUUACCAUCACAGGAACCCCUGCAAACAUCAGCCUCGCGCAGUACCUCAUCAACGCCAGCUCUUCAGACCCUGAUCCCCACGGGAGGAACACCUUCACUGCCUGACUGGAGCGCCGCAGCAGACAUGGUGCCAGUGGCUGAUGCUUGAGCCCUCCCUGAAGAAGCUGCCAGCUUCCCAUGAGCUUCUCCCUCUCCUCCGUGGCACCCUACGGGCCAGCUGCCCAAAGCGUCCUGCCCAUGCCUGCACAGACCCUGCUCCCUUGGCUGUGGUACGGGGCAGUGGCAGGAUCCAGGAGGCUUGAGCAGCAGCUCGCAGGAGGACAGCAGCUUGCAGCUAGCGUUCAGCAGUACCUGCUUCUGCAACCAAGCAUUUCGCCAUUGCCCCUCUCUGUGCUUCUUUAUCACCCCUCACUCCCCUGCUGCUUUGCAAUGUA